AUGGAUACAAUCACAGCUGACAUAGGAAAUCCCAUCAAUCAGAUAAUAUGCGCUUUAUUCAUCAACUUCACAGGUUUCGUGUACGGGAGCACUAUAGGCUGGAUGUCACCAAUGGGCCUGCUACUGCAGUCUAGGGACUCCCCGACUGGUGUACCGCUGUCAAAUACCGAGAUAUCAUGGAUGGCUUCGUUACCGUAUUUGAUGUGCAUACCAGCAAACUACGUUGUGGCGUAUGUGGGUGACAGAUACGGCAGGAAGAAAACAGUGAUGUUGAUGUCCAUCACUUGCGCAGUGUGCUGGGCUAUAAAGCUGUGCUCUUUGAGCGUUUGGGCGUUUAUCGUCGCGAGGUGUUUAGUCGGGUUCUCGAUGGCGGGCACGUGCGUCUGCUGCCCCAUCUACACUAAGGAGAUCGCCAACAAAAACAUCAGAGGUGCUUUAGGAUGCUUGGUGUCUUUGUUCUUCACGAUUGGCAGUAUGUUCAUGUACGUCAUCGGGGACAUCUUUAGCUAUCGCACUGUACUUUGGAUCGCAGUGUCAAUACCCUUGGUCCAUUUGGUUGUGUUAAUUGCCAUGCCAGAAUCACCCUCGUAUUUGGUGAAAGUUGGCAAGGAGGAAGAAGCAGAAAAAGCAUUAUCUUGGCUAAGGCGCAAAGAAAAAAAUCACUUGGUAAUUCAGAAUGAAAUAGAAGAAAUAAAAAACGAACAGAAUAACGAUGCAGAAGGGGAUAAAUUUCUAUUGAAGGCAAUUUUUAAGGACAGCAUCCUUAUAAAGGCGUUCCAAAUAGCUUUGGCAGCAGCAUUGGCCAGAGAACUGUGUGGCGCUGUACCAGUUUUGAACUUUGCUGGACAAAUAUUCGCCAUGUCUUCAGAGGGUACUGGGCUAGUGUUGUCACCCAAUCAGCAGACGAUGAUGUUAGGAGUGGUCCAAAUCACCGGUGGCUUAUUAACAUCGAGUGUGGUGGAGAGAGUUGGCAGGAAGGCUCUCCUGAUCGUCACUAGCUUGGUAUCCGGGCUGAGCAUGUGCGUUUUGGCUUCGUGGUUCCUCGCUCGUGACUAUCAAUAUGUAUCUCCCGCUUGGAUUCCGAUCAUCACAUUGUGCCUGUGUAUCCUGUGCGACGCUGCGGGACUUCAGGCUCUCCCAACGGUGAUCACAGGGGAGAUCUUUUCUUUCAAGUAUCGCGGCACAGUCUUAGCAACUACCAUGGCAAUAGCAUCGUUGUCGGACUUCUUUCAACUUCUCUAUUUCAAGCCUUUGGCGAGCGCAAUCGGUGUACACGUUGCUUUCUAUUUCUUCGGUUUGAUGUGCCUCUGCAGUGCAUUGUAUACGGUCCUAGUUAUACCGGAGACCAAGGGUAGAGAUUUGGAGGAUAUUUAUGACGAUUUAAGAGGAGAACAGUGUAGUCAGCAG